AUGGCGGAGGCACAGGAGAACGGGGAGGCAAGUAGGACGAAGGAUCAGGCGGUACGUGAGCCGUCGCUUGAGGAGUUGCUGCGCAGUCUGGACCUUAAGGGGGAGGAUAUUGGUGGCGUGUUUGUGGCGAAGAGGGAUGUGGAGGCGUUAAAGGAGGAAUCGAAGUGGAUGGCGGUAAUGAAGCUGUUGACUACGAGACCUUUCAGCUCGGCAUCUCUGAAGAAGACCAUGAUCUUUGCUUGGGCCCCGGCUCAGGAGAUAGGAUUUCGGGAGUUGGAGGGGAACAAAUUUCUUGUACAGGCGAAUUGUCUGGGUGAUUGGAAGAAGAUUACGGAGCAGGGCCCGUGGCUGUUUCGGGAUCAUGGAUUGCUGAUAGAGAAGUAUGACGGUAGCUGCCGUGCGACAACGGUGGAACUGAACAGGAUCCAUGCAUGGGUGAGGAUUCUGGAUGUGCCUGAGCUGUACCGUAAGAGGGGUCUUGUUACGGAAUUGGCGAAGGAUAUUGGCGAAGUGAUCGCCAUUGAUAUGAACAAUAAUGGCUCGGGGGAAGGUGACUUCGUCAGAGCGAGAGUCUGGAUUGAUGUUCGAAAGUGCCUAACACGGUUUGUUUCUUUCAAGCCGGAAGGAGGGGAGCAGGUGAUCAUGAAAGUUAAGUAUGAGAAGAUACCGCUGUUCUGUGCGAUUUGUGGCUUUCUCGGGCAUGAGCAGGAGGAAUGCGGGUCGGGAGUACACUCUCCUGGUAGAGUGAGUUUUGGCACCUGGAUGCUGGCUGACACGCCCUGGAAUCGGGCUAGAAUUCAUGGCAGAGGUGAUAGUCGGCAGGCUGCGGGUGUGAUGCAUGGGGCCAGGCAGGAGAUGCCGCAAGGGAGAGGAGGGGGAGGCCGGUCUGGGCGCGGCAUCAGGGACGCAGGGCGUGGCGCUGGUCGUGGCCUUGGAGGUGGAGCGAUAGUUGACAGCCACAAACGUUCGUCCACUGAUGCAAGUUUGACGGAGGUGAGCCCUGUUAAAGAGGCUACAUGUGGAAAGGAGGGGGAGAACCAUGAGCAGUUCUCCGAUUUUCUGGCGGACUCCUGGAGAUCGGACAGGAGCAGAAAUGUGUCGGAGCUGAGAAGCAAACUAGAGGGUGUUUCAAGGCAGCUGACCGUCUGGAACCGUGAGACCUUUGGCAGUGUCCGUCAUCAAAUCCGCACGCUUCAGCGGGAGCUGGGCGAGCUACGGUCACGGCCGGGUAGACAUGGUACAUCAUACGAGGAGACAAAAAUUGUGGAGAGACUUGCGGAGCUGCUGUCCUGUGAGGAGGUCAUGUGGCGCCAACGGUCUCGCAUACAGUGGCUGUCUGAAGGAGAUAGGAAUACGAGAUUCUUUCAUCUGCGAGCUAGUCAGCGGAAGAAGAGAAAUAAAAUCUCGGAGCUGAUCAAUCAAGAUGGUACAGUGGUAACUGAUGAAGGAGAGAUGGGACGUGUUGCCAAGGAUUUCUACCAGCACUUAUAUACUUCAGAGGGUGUGGCGAACAUGGACCAGGUGCUGAACUGUGUCCCAAGAAGGGUCGGGGAGGCGAUGAAUAGGAAGCUGGACGCCCCUUUCACGGCUAAGGAGGUAAAGGACGCGUUGUUUGAGAUGUACCCGACGAAGGCGCCGGGCCCGGAUGGUUUCCCCGCGCAUUUUUUUCAGCGCCACUGGGAUGUCUGUGGUGAUGAGGUUACUAUGGCUGUCCUUCGAAUUCUAAAGGGACAGGAUACUCCGGAGAUCAUCAACAAAACGUUCAUUGUUCUGAUUCCGAAGGUAGCAAGUCCAAAGGAGCUUGGGGAGUUUCGCCCGAUCAGCCUGUGCAAUGUGAUAUACAAGGUAGCGUCCAAGGUUGCUGCGAACAGGUUGAAGGGGGUCUUGCCAGAGAUCAUAUCAGAGGAACAGUCUGCCUUUGUGCCUGGUAGAUUGAUCACUGAUAAUAUCAUUACUGCCUAUGAAUGCCUCCAUUUUAUGAAGCACUCGAGAGCCAAGAAGGACCGGUUCUGUGCGCUGAAGCUGGAUAUGCGGAAGGCGUAUGACAGGGUGGAGUGGCCAUAUCUGGAGGCGAUUAUGCUCCGACUUGGCUUCAGCUCGGCAUGGGUAUCGCUAAUUAUGCGGCUCGUGACGACAGUAUCCUUCUCGGUCCUCUUCAAUGGAGUACCGCAGGAGGAGUUCCGGCCUUCGAGGGGGAUUCGCCAGGGAGAUCCCAUCUCCCCUUAUUUGUUUCUGUUGGAAGCAGAGGGCCUUUCGUGCCUAUUAAAAUCACAAGAUCAUUCAUCAGCGCUUAAUGGUAUUCAGGUGGCCUCUACAGCUCCGGCUGUGAACCACCUCCUCUUUGCAGAUGAUAGCAUGCUGUUCUUCAGAGCUUGUUAUGAGGGAGCUGCGGAGGUAAAAGAGGUUCUGACAAGAUACUGUGAUGCAUCGGGUCAGAGAAUUAAUAUGGACAAAUCUUCUAUCUUUUUUAGCAAGAGAUGUCCAGCGGCAAUAAAAGAAAGUGUCAAGACGGAGCUCGAUGUUAACAGGGAAACGUUGAGUGAGAAAUAUCUAGGAAUGCCUUCAGGAGUAGGCCGGUCCAAGAAUGGGGCCUUUAAAUACCUCAAAGAUAAGGUUUGGAAGAAGGUGUUGGGUUGGUUGGAGCAAUUGUUGUCUGUGGGCGGAAAGGAGAUUCUCAUCAAAUCUGUUGCGCAGGCUGUGCCAACCUUCUCAAUGUCCUGUUUUAAACUACCUCAGGGGCUGUGUGAUCAUAUCAAUGCUAUGCUGCGGAAAUUCUGGUGGGGCAGCAAGGAUGGAAAAAGAAGAACAAGUUGGGUGUCAUGGGAGAAGAUGACCCAACCGAAGUAUAUGGGAGGGCUGGGGUUCCGCGACAUCGAACUCUUCAACCUCUCUCUUCUCGCACGCCAGGCGUGGCGUCUCCUGCAGGAGCCGGCCUCGUUAAGUGCAAGAGUGCUUAAGGCGGUGUAUUUCCCCCAUACGGACCUCCUGUCGGCAUCGUUGGGCACACAUCCGUCCCAGAUAUGGCGGGCGAUCCUGGAAGGGCGGGAUACCUUGAAGCUAGGCUUGAUACGCAGGAUUGGAGAUGGUUCCACCACUGAUGCGUGGCGCGAUAACUGGCUGCCGAGGGAUUCCCGACUCACCCCGGUGGCACCAAUCAAGGCGGAUGCUCCAGGUGUAGUAAGUGACUAUAUUGACCGCAGCACGGCUGCGUGGAAUGUGGAGAAGCUUCAGGAGUUUUUCCUCCCCAUGGACGUGGAAGUAAUCAGAGGUAUUCCACUAUGCAUGCGGGUGCAGGAUGAUUUCUGGGCUUGGCAUUUUGAGAAGUCUGGAAUUUUCUCUGUCAGAUCAGCGUACCGAGUUUUGGUUACGGUUAAAAAGACUCGGGAGGAUUAUAUUGAACGGCGACCAGCGGCGUCGUCGUCUCAGAUGGAAGAGAGGGAAUGGACUAAGUUGUGGAAAUGCAAGGUACCAUCUAAGGUACGGAUUUUCUUGUGGCGGCUGGCUCACUGCUCCCUUCCCACGGGAGAUGUCCGGCACAGAAGAAAUAUGGCUCCUUCUCCUUGUUGUUCGAUAUGUGGGCAGGAGGACUCAUGGCGCCACUCACUCAUUGAGUGCAAUAUGUCGCGGUGUGUUUGGGCCCUUACAGAAUCAACCAUCGUGGAGCAUAUAAGUCUCAUGACAGAACCUUCGGCUAGGCAAUGGCUGUUUGUCAUGAUGGAAACUCUCAGCCAGGACGAGUUCGUGCGUAUGGUGAUCACCCUUUGGGCGUUAUGGCAUGCGCGGCGAAAGGCGAUCCAUGAGGAGAUAUACCAGAGCCCUUUAUCGACGCAUUGUUUCAUCGAAUCGUUCAUAAAGGACCUGGGCGAGUGUGGGAACAAAAAGGUAAAGACAACGGGGGGUGGACAGCCAGCGGUGCCGCGUUGGCUUCCUCCUCCGAGUGGGCAGCACAAAAUCAACGCUGAUGCAGCUGUUGCUAAGACGAGGUGCAGAGGCUCGGUGGGCGCUGUUUGCUGGUCGCCGGAGGGUGUGUUCCUUGGGGCGUCAGCUGUGGUGUUUGAGGGCGUCAUGGACCCGGGGUGCCUCGAGGCGAUGGCCUGUCGGGAGAGCUUGGCGUUGGCAGCGGAUCUGGAUAUUGGCGACGUGAUGGUUGCCUCGGACUGCAUGGAAGUGGUGCAGGGGCUGUUGGGCUCUUCUCUUGGGCGGUUCAGUCACAUUACCAGGGAAGUUCAGAUCAUGGCGAGGCGGAGAGGAGGCGUCUCCUUCUGUCAUGAAGGCCGGAAAUCCAAUACCGAUGCACACAAUCUUGCUCGGAUGGCGACGACGCUCCCAGCUGGACGCCAUCGGACACCGGUCAGGUCGACGGCUACCGACAUCUCCCACGGCUAUAGUUGGGCGUCGGCGCCAACAUGUGGUACGGCGACGGUGGAGGAGGAUCAGGCGGAGGAUCAGGCCACUGAUCCAAUGGCGACAGGGGCGGCGACGGGGGCAGUGAAGCCUGCAUGGCCAGCCUGA